AUGCGUUGCCACGUCAUCAUCACUCUUUUGGCACUGACCACUUGUUUAGGAACCGGGAAUCCGAAAUCCGAUCUAGAAGUGGUCUACGAUGAGCUCGCCACCAUCACCCGUAUCACAAAUGCAAUCACCCUUCAAGCCGAGGGACUCCGAAAAAAUGUGAAGGUUCGAGACGUGGUUGUUGAGCUACUCAAAACGGAUCCCACUGUUUUCUCGACCCUUCUCAGCUUCAAUCCGGAUAAAUUGGUCUCGGCGAUGACUCAGUUGAUGGAUAAGAUUGAGAAAUUGAGGGAUAAAAAUAUUGAUUGGGAGAAAUUGGAAGACGCAAGAAAAUGGGUGGAACGGUUGCGUGGAUCCCUGGAAGAUGAUCAAGAGUCUGCGAAAAGUCUCGAUACGGUAACUGGAGAAGGCGAGAUUAAAUUGUUUUUUGAUUUGAUCUACGGCAAACAAGACGACGUGAAAGAAUAUAAGGAUCAGACAACUACUGUUAUCACGAAUUGGAACAAGUUGAAUGACAAAAAUGAUAAUACUGCGAUGGCAACGUGGCGAGGCGAGAUCGAAAAUACAAAACAGCUAUUCCCAAAACUAGAUAAGCUCAACACUCUGCUCCAGGGUUUCCCUUCGCUGAGUCUAAAAUUUUAUUCGAUUUCCGCAAUGUUGAGCAACGCGAAAUUCUAUAAAUCCUCAGACGCUGCUCAUUUUACUCAACUGAGAGAAAUUUUCGGACAUAUGAGUGGAAUAUGGAGAUACCCGACGGAUACCUCGGAGAAAGCUGGCGAACCGUUUGAUCACGUCGUUUCGAAACUGAAAGAGAUGCUUCCGAAUUUUAAGAGACCAGAAGUCAAGCUGACAAUUGGGUUCCCGGAGCGGAAGGAUAUGACGAAGGUGGCAGAUGACUUGAAUAAUAAGUGGUUUCUGCAGAAGGUGGCUAGAGGGAGCAGUGUCGAAGAGCUACGACAAGAGCUGGCUGGAUUCUUCAAGUUUGGAGAACUCGUGACGACUUGUGCGGAGAGUUGGGAGGCAUUUGCAUCCGGAUUCAAGGAGAAUGAGGCAAUUGCUGGGGAAAUGUCCGAAGUGAUGAAAGAUAUCGAGGCAUACAAGGGUGGACCGAAUGGAAAACAACUUCUAGACACUUCUUUAAAAAACUAUCAAAGACUCGAUUGCGGCAAGAAACUUCCUAUGAAUUUGGGCGCUUUCGAAGAUCUUAUAAAGGAAUGUCUUGUUAUUGACUCUCGAGUCAAAGAGCUACAAGGGAUGUUCAAUAUUACGCUAGAAGUGCAAUGGAAGAACAAACUAUUUGAAGAGUUGACUCAAAUUAAAGAUAACACGACAAUUACUGCAGAGGAGAUAACAGAUGGUCAGAGGUUUUCGACGGUCAGUACAAUGAUUGUCAAAUUGAAGAAACUUGAGACGUCUCUGACAGCAUUCAUGGGCGAACAAAGUUCUUUCGCAGAAAAGUUCAAUCAUAAAACUUCGAUUACGGAUGAAACAAAAAAUGGAAUCACUGGCUUCACGGAGUUUAAAAAGUGUAUUCGUAAUUUGGUGAAUAGUGGUCUCAAACCGCAGGAAUUGAUGGAGAUCGUUGGGUUCUUGAAGCAUGUCAAAUCUUUGGUACAAUUGUCAAGCACUUCGACCGUGUCGAAUGUUCUUCAGAAGUUUGGGCAGAUGAGAAAAGACGUUUUCAAGGCGGAAUCAUUCGUGAAAAACAUCAAAUCGAACUACGACAAAACGAAGAAUAUCUCAGAUAGCCCUGUCCUAAAACUAAAGAAUCCAGAGGAAACAUUGCUGAGUCUCGGAAGAGGAAUGUACGUGUUGAGGGAUAUGGCAAAAGCAUUGAAAAUGAAAGACGAUUUGAUUGCUUCUAAGAAAUUCCCCGACUAUUUGAAUGUUAGAAUUUUGAAGAAGUUGCAAAGUUGGAAAGAACGAAAGAAUAUGGUUGAUAAUCUGAUUGAAGAACUCGAUAGUCUCAACAAGUUCUCGGCUGGUGUCAAGGACGAAAGCCUGUUGACAAUGCGGAAGAUUCUCGAUGAGGCCGCUAAGAAAGUCCACGGAUUCCCAGAAAUGUAUUCCAAAAUUGUUGAUUUCAUUCCAACGAAUAGUAACAUCACGGUGGAGAUGAAAAUUGUGGAGAAACUGGCAGAGAUUGAUAUGGAUUUUGCAUCUCAUAAAGGGUAUCUACAAGCCGCUUCGUUGAGUUUCGAGGAACUUCGGAAGUAUUAUGACGAGAUUUUUGGUCUAGAAGAGAAACAGAUGAAAGAGGAGUCCAAUUACAUGUUACCAAUUUUCAUUUGCAUCACAAUCUUCAUUCUGAUCUUUAUCGGUCUUGUUCUGAUAUUCGGAUUGACCAAAACUGGACGGAAGUUCUUCAAAAAUCGGUAUCUUUACUAUUUUGCCAAGCCAAAAGAUUUCGAGAAACGAUGGAGAUACUCGUUCUUCAUGGAUCGACAAGACCAGAAGAACUCGUUGGUCGAUGCCGUACAUGAGAUUAACACAACAAAUGUUUUGAAGGCUGUGAAAAAUGGAGCAUACAUUAAUGUGUAUAAUCCCAACGGAAACACUCCCCUCCACGUGGCGACCAAACGUGCGUUCCCUGAAAUUGUGGAGAUUCUUAUUAAGAAUGGAGCAGACCGCACCUACCUAAACGCGAAAAACAAGACACCCGAACAGAUGAUUCCGCCGGAUUGGAGAACAAGUCAGACAACACAAACCGCCGAGAAUCCGGAACGAUUUGGAGAGGUUGAGAAGAUUUAUAAGAAAUAUCGAAACAAGAAGUUCCGACUCCGUGUGCCACAAGAGUUCCCAUCGAGUUCUUUCCAUAUCUAUAUUAAUGAGAAUGUGGAUGAUGAGCAGGCGGAGAAGUUUAUCAAGAAGUUUCAGGCUAUCACAACCCACGAAGCUCUGCCCACUACAACCCACUGCAUCGUGAAAACCGAUUCCAAUGGAAUCCUGGAAAUUGAUACAAUGGAUAUGGUGUGUUGGAUAAAUAGUGGCGUGAUAAUGGUCAAAGAAUCUUGGAUGACGGAUUGUCUGGAUAACGAGAAGCUUAUCGAAAGAGAUUGUGACUAUUUGGUGGAGAAGGUCAAGUACAAAGACGUCGUCUAUGAUACAGUAAUCCCGUGGGCACAGGCAAUGGCAAAAGGAGAAAUGCCCUAUUUGCAUGGAGUAUUGAUUUGUGUUUUAAUUCAGGAUUAUCCGAGUCUCGUCGCCCUCACCACAAUGGUCGCUGCCCAUGGUGGAAUCCUCUGUAUGUCUGACAAGAUACCUGACAAAUUCCUCAAAGUUGGUGCCCAUCCGUACCUCCACGCUCACUUGGGACCUAUUUUCGUCCUCUACGACCAGACAUCGGAUGUGGCCAAAUAUAGAAAUGAUCCGAAUAAGAUGUACACGUUGUUCACUGAAGAGGAAUUCGCUGCAUUUAUGUUGAAGAGAGGAAUCAAUGUGGACACUAGACCUGAGCCGAUUUCAAUUGUCACCGAGAUGGAAGACUAG